AUCAUUCUGAUGUGUCUUAACUAGUCCUUUUACAGUGCCAAUCAAUGCAAAUUGCGAUAAAACCCCAUCACCCUCAAAAAGAUGCCGGCAAGAUGUAAAUUUGGUAAUUACAAAGCUUCUUGAUUCACUUGUUUGUUCGGCUGCAUCAAAAUUACGAAUGAAACGACUUCUCCAUACUUGUGAAGUCCCGGAAAGGUUGCCUUGCCGCGAGAAAGAAUUUGAGAAAAUAUGUUUAUUUAUUAGGGAUUGUGUGAAGAAAAAUGGAUUUUCUCAAGUGAUGUAUUUGUCCGGUGUUCCUGGGACUGGCAAGACGGCGACUGUUAUCCAGGUAGCAACUUCUUCUCAAUUUUGGAGAAUAUUCUUAAGGUCUUCAAUUCUUAAUAUUGUAUUUGCCUUUGUCUUGGAAUUAGACAUCUUGUGUAACAAAGGUCAGGAAUUGGUUUAUGACAUUUUGAACUGGACUGAAAAAGCAACGUUUCCAGUGGGUGUAAUAGCGAUUGCUAAUACAUUCGAUUUACAUGAACGAUUUCUUGCAAGACGGAUUAUGAGCCGCAUGGGCGCCAACCGGCUUCAGUUUCAGCCAUAUAAAAGGGGAGAAAUUGAAAGUAUUCUUCGAUACCGUUUGCAAGGUUCUGGAGCUGUAAGACCGGAUGCUAUAGAAUUGGCGAGCAGAAAGAUAGCGGCUGUUUCUGGCGAUCUUCGAAAAGCUCUUGAUAUUCUCAGAAAUGCGGCGCAAAACGCGUUAAUAAGAGGAAGGGACGAGGUUGAUGUCAGAGGUGUAAGGGUUUAUCGUUUUAGUUACAAGAGGAGUUCGUCUACGAGCUUGGAUUGCGUUUGCGUUUAUUUUAAUUUUUUUGUAGGUCCUGGAUGCAAUUCGAGCGUCUACCUCUCAUAUUUUCUUCAUUUAUAUUCUGCAUCUGUGUUUUCUUCCGGUACCUAUCAAGGUGUUCUUUAG